AAUGAAAUUGCUUACGAUUCCAUUGGCUAUAUAUACCCGUGCCAUCUCUCUUUUAUUUCAAGACAACGUACUGUUCCAUCCUUGCCUAGUAGCUCUGUCUCCGAGUUUUCCACUGUUUGUCUCCUUCAAGUUCUUCUUUUUUGGUAUUGCUUCACUUAUCUAGAGUUUUAAGGACUCCAUGGCGAAUGGGCAGAUGGUGAAAUACGGUCAAUUUGGUAGGAGAGAACUUAAUUGGAAUCUCGGAAGUUACGAUACAAUAAGAGGAUUAACUAUAUACGCUAAAGAAGCAGUUUUUGGUAUGAUAAUUGUGCAUGAUGAUAAAGGAAAACCAGUAUCAGAAAAGGUGCCAGUACCGCCAUCAUCGCAAAGUGGGCAUGACACUAAAUUAAAGACUGCACAUACAUACAAGGUGGAAUUAAACUAUCCUACCGAGUAUCUCGUCUCAAUAUCAGGAUGUAUUGGGGACCUUGAUGGAUUUUUUUGUGUGAAAUCUCUCACAAUACAUAGCAAUGUCAGGCAAUAUGGACCAUAUGGUACAGAAGAUGGAGGUCGUUUUAUGACCCCGUUAACUGGGGUUAAGAUUGUUGGAUUCUUUGGAAGGCAGGGUAGUUAUUUGGAUGCAAUUGGAGUAAACAUUAUUCCAUUCCAAACUAAAGUACCUGUUGGUCCAUUUGGAACUAGUGGUGGGCAACAGUGGGAUGACGGAACUUACAGCACAGUAAGGGAAUUAAUCAUACAUUCCGGAAUGGUAAUUGAUUGCAUCCAAGUUGUAUAUGAUAAUGAAGGAAAAAGAAUAUUGGGAGAAAAGCAUGGUACUGCCGGCGGACAAGAAAACAAGGUUACAUUAGCCUACCCGGAUGAAUUUUUGCUUUCAGUUUGGGGGUACUAUGGACAAGUAGGUGACAUGGUUGUUAUCCGAUCGCUUGGAUUUCAAAGCAACAAAAGAAUGAUUGGACCGUUUGGCGUGGAGAGUGGAGAGAAAUUUCAAUCCUCAUCAACUUGUGGCAAGAUCAUUGGAUUUUAUGGAAGGUCUGAUAAGUACCUCUCUUCAAUUGGAGCAUAUCUCGACAAGUGAGGAUAAAAUUUAGACAAUGAUCAUGAGCCACCUUUUACUAGUCUUUUAAUCAUUUAUAAUUUAACUGCAUUUGUAUUCAAUGCAGUUACAAUAAUGGAUGCUCUGUGUUGUCCUUUAAGUUUGGUGAAAAGAGGUUAAGGCAACACAAACUUGUGUCUGUGUGUGAUUUCAAGUAAUUUUCGUGUUUUCAUGUGUGCUAAGUGUGAAAGUUUGGAUUGGUUAUGUAUUUUGUUAAACUAUGUCACUCCAGUGAUAAGAGGUGGUAUAUUAUCUCUGGGGUUGUUAUAAUAAAUUGGUGGUUCUUUUGCAAAAGAA